ACAUUUAUUCAGGCUUUACGGCGACUGUGUCUGUUAGAGACUCAUAUACAAACCUGUUAUUCAAGUAAACCGAAUCAACAGUGUUUCAACGUUUCUUGCACUGCAGUAGUGAAAUUUAUAUUUUCAUCUUCAACGUGCAAAACAAUCCUUUGCACUCGUAUUCCUCUGAAGAGCAUUAAAUCCCGGACUCAAUGGAUUUUCUGUGUCUGGUGUGUGUUGCGGUGAGCGUCAGCGCCUGGUACGCGUCUGCCGAGCGACACAGUGUUUACUGGAACAGCUCGAACGCAAACUUCCUAUGGGAUGAUUACACCGUGGAUGUUCGCAUUAAUGACUACCUAGACAUCAUCUGCCCUCACUACGCACGGGGCGAGAUCCCAUCCCAGGAGGCUGAGCGGUACGUGCUCUAUAUGGUGGAGCUGGAGGACUAUGAGAACUGCAAGCCGCAGUCCUUCGACCAGCUGCGCUGGGAGUGUUCCAGACCUUUCGCUCCUCACGCUCCAGAGAAGUUCUCGGAGAAGUUCCAGCGCUUCACUCCCUUCACUCUGGGCAAGGAGUUCCGCCAGGGAGAGAGUUACUACUAUAUUUCCAAACCUCUUCACCAUCAUGGACAGGAGUGUUUGAGACUGAAGGUGGAUGUUGUUGGACUUCAUGGCUCCAAGAACAAGAAAAAGAUAGUUGAGAAGGAUGAUGAAAUGGAAGUAAAUGCUGCUGGAGGAGUACAUAACCCAUCAAACAGGCUUCCAGCAGAUGACCCUAUUGCCAUGAUCCCAGUUGUGCAGAGGAGCGUGGGCAGUUCGGGUGUUCGUGUGUCUCCCGUCUCAAGUUUCGUCACGUUGAUCUCUAUACUCAUCUUUCUGCUCCUCCACUGAGCCUGCCUGAUAUAAGAAGAUUUUAUGGACGCUGGUCCGUUAGGACACAACAGACUUUAAUGCCGGUGCUGGUUACCGGCUCUGAAAAUAGAUUUUCUAUGAAGAAUUUUUAUACAAACUGAAGUUUUGGUGCUGGUGUGCAAGUUUCUGAGUGACGUGUUUGUAUUUGUGUUCGUGAGAGUGAUGUGACCAGAGAAAGGUGUUUUUGAAGAACCUUCUCUCUUUUUUAUGAGUAUUUACCGUUCUAUAAUUCUGUUUUCCAUCAGCUCUUUUUAUUUUACAUUUGUAGACCGUAUGUGCUCAUUUUUCCUGAAAAUUCUUCACAAAUCUAUUUACCAAUGUGAUUCAGAACAAACCUUAAAGUCCGGAGAGCUUGUCUUGUAACCAUCAGCUGUAGAACUGGAAUUGUGAUCACAAGGGAGAACAAUAGGCUAGAUAUUGUGUUUGAUAGAGACCUUUGCUCUACUGUACUGAUUUGAGCCAAAGAUCACAGGAUUUAUCUUAAAGCUGACCCUGACCUUGCACCUUAUAAAGAAUUGAUGUUUGUGCAUAAAACAGUGUUUGUAAAUCUAGAACAGCUAUCGAACAGUUUCCUGUGUUUUGGAUCUCGUGUUGCUGUAGUUUCAGUUGGUUUCUGUGAUGUAAUGUGAACACACCCUACACAAUGUACUAGAAUUAUGUUAUAAAUGAGAUCAGAUUUGUUUUCUUUCAUAACACAACAUUUGGUUUUGAACAGGAAUGAUCAAGUUGUGCUGUUUGUGAGUGAGCGAGAGAGAGAGAGAGUGAGAGAGAGAGAAGCUGGCCUUCUGACAGAGAGCAUGACAUGCACAAACAAUUUAAAACGGUUCAAAGAAUUCUUUCAAAUAAGUUAAAAAAACUAUUUCUUUUGUAAAAAGUUAUUUUGUACUGUAUUGGUUUAUAAACUUGUAAAUAGUUGUGUAAAAAUGUACAUAUUAAGAGUUAUAUAAAAUAAAGACAUUUGUUAAUUAUGAAA